ACAAUUCAUCGUUGACUGACGAAAAUUAUUAUGAUUUAGAUGCUAACACCUUUAUUCACGAAAGUGUUACAUCAAACGUUUAUCAUAUUAGCCAAGUUACAGUUCCAAGUGCUCCAACCACGGAAAGAAACCCUAAACCAAAAAUUAACGAAGAUUAUUUUUAUUCCCUAAAUAAAGGCUCCGAUGAAGACUAUUUGUUUUAUAAUCCAAAAAAGACUAAAAAUAAACACAGAGUUAAAAAUCCAAAAAACUUAAUUUUUAAAACAUCCAAAAAUGAACAAGAUGAAGUAAUCGGAAGAGAAAAUGUUAGAAGAAUUCAUCCAAGAAACGACUCAGUUAAACCAAUAAUCAAUAAUCCUCAUAAUCAUGGAAACGAACCGAAAUUGCUUUCGAUACAUGUAAAUGAUGAUAUGAACGUACAAGAACAUUUUAAAUCACCGAAAUAUAGAUCAAAAGCUACAUCAGGAAAAGUUGAUGAUCGAGCAAAUGAAAUUAUCGUUGAAAAAGCUAUUCAAAACGAUGCGGUAAAUUUAGAAAAUUCAAUAAUGGAAACACUUUCAUUUACAACAGAAAAGAAUCCAUCUGAGUCUGUAAGUCACACUGAAAGAGAAAAUAAUCAUAAUGAUCUGUACAAAAAACGAGCGUUGCCAAAAAUGUACGAUUCGGAAAUAUCAACAACUUCCAAUGAACAAGAAAUAGAAAGAGGCCAAGAAAAUAAUGAAACUACGCAAAAUAGCGAAUUAGAGCCAGCUGAAAGAUCCGGUGAAGAAAUGUCGACGGAAAGUGAAGAGUCCAAAAAAAUAAUAUCCGAUCAAGAAGAAAAGCAAGUAACAUUGAUAGAAGAAAGACAAAAUGAAGAUACUACCACUAACAAAAUCCUAGAAGUUAUAGAAGAUAAAGCCAAUGAAGAAAGAAACGUUGUUGGCGAACAACAGCUUGUAGAUGGAGAUAAAAAGAAUACAGAAGAAAGAUCACAAUCACAAGAGCGAGUGAUAAAUGAGGAAGAUGCAGAUUUAAACGAAAAUAAUAAAGAAAUUGUUGAAGAUAUAAUAGAUCAAGAAAAGAUAAAACAAGUAGAUAAUGAAAACACAAUAACAGAAAAAGAAGAAAAUAACUUAGAAAACCCGGCUAAAAACCCAAGAGUCGUAAAAACAGCACAAAAAGUUUAUCAAAAAAUCAAAAAUUAUUUUUGGAGAACUACUACAGAUCACAUAGGAAACAUAGAAGAGGGGAGUGGAGGAGAAAUAAAGGAAACAGAGAAAGAAGAGGGUGUAGAUGAAUUAGAAGAUGGAGAGCAAUCAGGAGAAAAAAAUGACGUAGGUGAUGACAAUGGCGAAGAUGACAAAAAUGAAACGAAGGAAAUAGAACCAGAAGAGGGUGUUGCUGAAUUAGAAGAUAAUGAAGGAGAUGCAAAUGAUGAUAAAGAUGACGAAAGUAAGGAAAAUGAGGAAGAUAAUGAAGAGGGCAAUAAUAUCGAAGAUGAGGAAGAAAAUAUAGUUGAUAAUGAAAAUAAUGAAACGAACGAAAUAGAACAAGAAGAGAGUGGAGAUGAAUUAGAGGAUGGAGAAGAAGUGGAAGAAAAAGAUAAAGAAGAUAAUGAAGGAGAUGUAGAAGAUAAUAAAGAUAACGAAAGUAACGAAAAUGAGGAAGACAAUAAUAUCGAAGAUGAGAAAGAAAAUACAGUUGAUGAAGAUGAUGAAAAUAAUGAAACGAAGGAAAUAGAACAAGAAGAGGGUGUAGAUGAAUUAGAGGACGGAGAAGAAGUGGAAGAAAAAGAUAAUGAAGGUAAAGAAAAUAAUGAAGACCAAGAAGGUUACGAAGAUAAUGACGGUGACGAAAAUUAUGAUGACGACGAAAGUGAUGAAGAUGACAGCGAUGACGACAAUGUUGAUAAUGAUGAAAGUGAUGAAGAUGAUAACGAUGACGAAAAUGUUUAUAAUGAUGAAAGUGAUGAAGAUGAUAACGAUGACGAAAAUUAUGAUAAUAAUGAAGACGGUAACGAUGACGAUAAUGAUGAAGAUGAUAACGGUGACGAAAAUUAUGAUGAAGAUGAUAAUGAUGACGAAAGUGAUGAAAACGAUAGCGAAAAUUAUGAUGAAGAUGAUAACGGUGACGAAAAUUAUAAUGAUAAUGAUGACGAAAGUGAUGAAAACGAUAACGAAAAUUAUGAUAAUGAUGAAGAUGAUAAUGAUAACGAAAAUUAUAAUAAUGGUGAAAGUGAUGAAGACGAUAACGCUGACGAAUAUUAUGAUAAUGAUGAAGACGGUACCGAUGACGAUAAUGAUGAAGAUGAUAACGAUGACGAAAAUUAUGAUCAUGACGAAAGUGAUGAAGAUGAUAAUGAAAGCUAUGUAGAUGAUAACGAGGACGAAAAUUAUGAUAAUGACGAAGACGGUAAUGAUGACGAAAAUUAUGAUCAUGACGAAACUGAUGAAGAUUAUAAUGAAAGUGAUGUAGACGAUAACGAUGUCGAAAAUGUUGAUAAUAAUGAAAGUGAUGAAGAUGAUAACGAUGACGAAAAUUAUGAUCAUAACGAAAGUGAUGAAGAUGAUAAUGAAAGUGAUGUAGAUGAUAACGAUGUCGAAAAUGUUGAGUAUUAUGAAAGUGAUGAAGAUGAUAUCGAAGACGAAAAUCAUGAUAAUGAUGAUAACGAUGACAAAAAUGACGAUAAUGAAGAAGGUGAUAACGAUGACGAAAAUGUUGAUACUUAUGAAAGUGAUGAAGAUGAUAACGGUGACGAAAAUUAUGAUAAUGAUGGAGAUAAUAACGAUGACGAAAAUUAUGAUGAACAUGAUAAUGAUGACGAAAAUUAUGAUGAACAUGAUAAUGAUGACGAAAAUUAUGAUAAUGAUGAAGAUAAUAAUGAUAACGAAAAUUAUGAUAAUGAUGAAAGUGAUGAAGAUGACGAAUAUAUAUAUAAUGAAAAUAACGAUGAUGAAUAUGAGGAUGAUGAAUAUGGGGAUGAUGAAUAUGAUGACUAUAAAUAUGAAGGUUAUGAAUAUGAAGGUUAUGACUAUGAAGUUAAUGAAUAUAAGGGUGGCUAUGAUGAUUAUGAGAAAGAUGGUGAAUAUGGCAUGUAUAUAUAUGAGAAUAAUGAAUAUGAGGAUGAUGAAUAUGAGUAUAAUGAAUAUGAGUAUAAUGAAUAUGAGGAUGAUGAAUAUGAGGAUGAUGAAUAUGAGGAUGAUGAAUAUGAGGAUGAUGAUUAUGAGGAUGAUGAAUAUGACGAUGAUGAAUAUGAGUAUGAUGAAUAUGAUGACGACAAUUAUAAAUUAAUUGAUUACAUAUAUGAUCAAUUAAUGCAUGAAUACGUUAUUCCGUUUAUAAUAAAUUACGUUGAUGAAAACGAAGAUGUAUAUUAUGACGAAGCUGAAGAAUACGAAGAAUAUGAAGAUGAUAUAUAUCUAGUCAACGUAAAUGACGAAUAUGAUGAUUACGAAUACGAAGACUACCAAGAAUAUGAAGAUGAUAUAUAUCUAGUCAACGUAAAUGGCGAAUAUGAUGAUUACGAAUACGAAGACUACCAAGAACAUGAUUAUUACGAAGACUUAAUUCUAGAUGAUUUCACUCUUGAUCUUUCUUUCAGUGGUUUCGACGAAAAUGCACCUCAAGACCUGACCUUACUGCAACCCACUAGAGGAAAUAAAAGAAUGAUAAGACCUGUAGCAAAAUCGCUCAUUGAAAAAAAAUUCGCCGAUUUAAAGCACAAUAUUAAGCUUCAAAAUAAUGCUGUUGUUAUUGAAGAAGCAACUGCUUCAAUAAUUGAAAAUGAAAGUAUCUAUCAAAAUGGUAAUGGAUAUUACGAUAAUGUAGACCAGAAUAAUAAUAAGGAUGACGCUUACGAAGAUUAUCUUAGCGAAAAAAAGAAAAAAAUUGAUUUUUUCAAAGAAAUAUUAAAAGGUAACCAACUCAAAACCACGACUGAAGAACCUAUUAUGAAUAACUAUUUAAACUAUCACUCAUAUGCAAACCCAAUUAACGAUUUAUAUAUAAACCAAGAAGAAAGUAAUUUUGAAGAGUAUCAAGAGGAUGGGGAGUCCAGUGGAUCAUAUAAAGCAAACUUAGGAACUUUAUCAAAACAUGAAGAUCUGUUAGGUCCUCUUUACGGCAUACAAUCAAAAUUACCUUCAUCUAAAAAUGUUGAAGAAACAUCUUAUGAUCCACGCAAAACUGUUCACGAUUUCUUAGCUAGUUUAUUGGGCUACAAAGUAGAAAAAGAUAUUUUGGGGGUUUCCAAAGGAACACUUUUAAGAAAAUUUAUUAAGAGAAUUGCUCCACAUAUUCAAUUUAAAGACAUUGAAGGUAUGCAUGAUUUAGAAAUUCUAAAUAAUCUCAAUCUAGUACCACCAAAUCAAGAAUUUUUAAACGAAGCUAAACUAAAAAUUUCAUUUGAAAAUUCACAAAAUGUUCAAAAGCCGAAAGUAUUUUGUCCGCAAAUUUUUAGUUACGUGUUCGAUAAUGUCUUUAAUGGUUGGUCAGGGAUUGUUAACAUCCCUAAAUUCUUAACAAGUACACUUUAUCACAUAAAAAUUAAUGGAUCAUUCGAAAAGGGCAAGAACAUGGACAAAAUUAUGACUCAUUUCGAAAUAGUUGUAACUUCUACGCCCGAAGAAAUUUUAGGAGGCGAUUUAAUUCAAUUAAGAAUAAAAUUUCCUAGAAAUUUAGAUGUUUUACCACGAAUUGAUAGCAUUACUAUAAAUGAUUAUCAAAUUUGUAACGAACCAAAAGAAGAUGAAGAAAAUCGUUUUAAACUGAUAGGAAAUCAUAAACCAAGUCAGCUUUUACAACUUACCGCCAGUUUAGUGUAA